AUGUUUAUUAAUCUACUAUUUUUGCAAUCACUUUUUUUUUUUUUGUUUUGCGUUGCGUUGCGCCAUUGGUUUCUUCACAUUUACAAAUAUACUAACACUAAUUAUAGUACAAUUGGUACAGGUUUAUUUAUCAGUACAGGUUCUUUACUUCAAAAUACCGGACCUGUAAUGUCUUUAAUUUCAUUUUUAUUCGUCACCACAAUUUGUUUCUCCGUCACACAAUCCCUUGGUGAGAUGGCCACUUAUAUUCCAAUCUCAGGUUCAUUUGCACAAUUCGUUACUCGUUGGGUUUCUAAAAGUUGUGGUGCAGCAAAUGGUUGGUUAUAUGGAUGGUCUUGGGCUAUUACUUUUGCUUUGGAAUUAUCUAUAGUAGGACAAGUCAUUCAAUUCUGGACUGAUGCUGUUCCAUUAGCAGCUUGGAUUUCAAUCUUUUUUGUUUUGUUAACCAUUUCCAAUUUAUUCCCAGUUAAAUUCUAUGGUGAAAUUGAAUUCUGGAUGGCUUCUAUUAAAGUCUUGGCUGUUUUUGGUUGGAUCAUUUAUGCAUUCAUCAUGGUUUGUGGUGCUGGUAAAACUGGACCUGUUGGAUUCCGUUAUUGGAGACACGGAUAUGCUUGGGGUGAAGGUAUGCUUGUUGAAAAUAAUGGGAAAUAUGUCAUUGCAUUCAUUAAUGGGUUAAUUAAUUCUGUUUUCACCUUCCAAGGUACUGAAUUGGUUGCCGUCACCGCAGGAGAAGCUUCACCAAGAGCACUUAAAAGUGCAAUUAGAAAAGUUAUGUUUAGAAUUUUGGUAUUCUAUGUCUUGUGUAUGCUUUUCAUUGGUCUUCUUGUUCCAUAUAAUGAUCCAAAACUUGAUCAAGAUGGUGGUUUCACUAGAAAUUCUCCAUUCAUCAUUGCUAUUGAAAACUCAGGCACUAAAGUUUUACCAGAUAUUUUUAAUGCAGUUAUUGUUGCCACUAUUAUUUCUGCAGGUAAUUCCAAUGUUUAUGCUGCAUCACGUAUUUUCUAUGGUUUAGCAGAAUCAGGCGUUGCACCAAAAAUCUUCCUUAAAACCAGAUCUGGUGUUCCUUAUGUUUCUGUUUUAUUCAGUGCUGCAUUUGGUGCAUUAGGUUAUUUAGCUAUUUCAAAUGAUGGUUCUGUUGUUUUUGGUUGGCUUUUAAAUAUUUCCGCAACUUGUGGUUUGGUUGCCUGGGGUUUCAUUUCUGUAAGUCAUAUUAGAUUCAUGCAAGUUCUUGAAAAAAGAGGAAUUAGUAGAGAUACUUUACCAUUUAAAGCAUUUUUCAUGCCAUAUAGUGCAUAUUAUGCUGCUAUUACUGUAUUCACUGUGGCUUUAAUUCAAGGUUUUACAGUAUUUUGGAACUUCACAGCAACUGAUUUUUUCACUGCUUAUAUUUCACUUAUUUUAUUUGUUGUUGCUUGGAUUGGAUUCCAUUUCUUCUUUUUCGGGUUUGGUAAAAAUUCAUUCCAAUGGAGUAAUAUUUUAAUUCCAUUAGAUGAAUGUGAUAUCGACACUGGUGUUAGAGAUAUCAAUGAUGCGGAAUUUGACAUUCCACCUCCAAAGAAUCUCUGGCAAAAAUUCUGGAACAUGAUUGCCUAG